AUGCAUGAUCCUGGAAAGGGACAUUGGCAAGGCUGUGAAAUGGAUUCUGCAGUAUCUUCAAAAACCGUAGAUGUUGGUUUAGUUUUUGAGCAGGAUGAAACACUUGAAUCGAUUUUCUGUCAUGUUCCGCUUAUCCAUCUGGUUCCUGUUUGCCACCUUUCCAAAUCAUGGAACCGCGCCCUCUUCUCCUCUCUCCGCCACUUCAACAAGCCCAAACCAUGGCUCAUUGUCCACUCUCAGACCUCACGCCCUCCUUACACCACCGCCGCCUCCUCCGUCGCUUACGACCCGCGCUCCAACCUUUGGCUCCGAAUCAACCACGACCCACCCGUCGAAUACGUCUCGGAUCUCCGUUCAUCCAACUCCACGCUGCUUUACAUGUUGUCUAUCUCGAAAUUCUCCUUCUCUUUCGACCCUCUCCAUUUGACUUGGCACCAAGCUGACCCACCCCUCGUGUGGCGGACGGACCCCGUUGUCGGUAUUCUGGACCGCCGUCACAUCGUCGUCGCUGGCGGCGCCUGGGAUUUCGAAGAUGAUCCACUCUCAGUGGAAAUCUACGACCUCGAAACUCGCAAAUGGGACACCUGUGAGUCAAUAUCGGCAAUCUUCGAACACUCUGCAGCUUCCAUGUGGCUCUCUAUCGCCGCCAAUACAAAAACAUUAUAUGCUAUGGAACAAGCUUCAGGCAUUACGUGUUCCUUUGACCCGAUAUCCAGGAUCUGGUUGGGUCCGUUCGAUCUCCGACAUGAUCCGAACAUUUACUUUUCGGUUAUUGGAAUAUCCAGGGACAACUUGAUCAUGUUGGGGUUACUCGGAAAUUCCGAGAAUGUUAAAGACAUCAAAAUCUGGGAACUAAAGGGUGAAUCAUUUGAGUUAUUUAAGGAAAUCGGAGCGAUGCCAAAAGAGUUAGUGGAAAAGCUGAAAGAGGAACAUGCAAGUUUAAGCUCAAUAAAAAUAAGUUUAACGGGUGAUGUUUUAUACAUAUUCAACCCCGAAGAGCCAAAGGAAUUGGUGGUUUGUGAGAUUGACGGCCGCCAAAGGGUUUCCCGGUGGGGAAGUUUGAAGAACUCGAUGGUGAAUGACGGGGGUAGGGUGACAGAGAGGGCGGUGCUUACGUGCGCCGAUGUCAGUUUGGGUGAUUUACGGAAAGCUAUGAAGUUCGGGAAAGGGAGUUUCAGUACUGUUAAUAACGGGAUUUUACAGUGA